UCUGACUUCAAGUCCUGAACGUCUCCACCGAAAUAGCAGACAAUGCGACCACCGAUGGCAUUGGGUAUCACCUCUUUGGGUGAUUUGUAGACAAUAUCAUUGAACCGAUUGACAUGAACAACAUAUUGAGGAAACAGAUCACGAAACACAUGUUUACCGUGUGCAUUGAGGGCAACAUAGGAAGUGGUAAAAGCAGUUCAUUGAAGCAUUUGAGUGACAAAUACGACAAAGUGAUGACCAGUUGUGAACCAAUGGACAGAUGGCUUGACCUCAGAGGACAUAAUAUGAUGGAAAUGCUGUACAAAGACUUGACUCGCAAUGCAUUCAGUUUUGAACACUUCUCGCAACUGACAAGACUUGAGAUGUUUGCCAACUCUUACAACACCGCCGAUGACUCCAAACGGAUCCGUCUUAUGGAGAGAUCCAUCUAUUCUGCGAGACAUUGCUUCACACAAAACCUCUACAACGGUGGUCAUCUCUCGAAACCGGAGUUUCUUAUAAUCGAUGAAUGGUUCAAAUGGUUGAGCGCUAAGCCAUGUCUUAAACCGGAUCUCGUAAUCUAUUUGAGAACAACUCCUCAGACAGUCUUCUCGAGAAUCCAAAGCAGAUCCAGAAGUGAAGAAAUGGAAAUUCCAAUUGAGUAUUUGCAACAAUUGCAUGAAUUGCACGACAAUUGGCUCUUAGACGAGAACCGGUCCAACGAAUCGCCACAAGUGCUCACAUUUGACGCCGAUUUGCCACAAAAGCAAUUGUUUUCACUACUCGACCAGAAUUUGGAUCAAAUAUUCAAAGAAAUUCUUUUAUAACUUGUAUUUCUAAGCAUUUGUAUGUUUUUAUAAAUCACAAUAGCUUUACAUGUAUUGAAUGAUUUCACAA